AUGGGACGGGCAGGUGCGCCAAGCAUCGAUGAUGCGACAACUUGGCGCAAACGCGCCUCCGACAGCGCCACGGAGGUGGACGCGACGGAAACCACUGCGCUCCUCAGCCCCGACAAUGAGGGCGGGAGCACCGGCGGCUCAGGGAAGAAGGCGGAUCGAUGGGAUGGCUUGGACGACUUCGUGGAUACGCCCUGGUGGCGCAAACCUUCUGUCUAUUGGCUUCUCGUCCCUUACUUCAUCUUUACCUUGGCGUUUGGUGGCGCCUUGGUUCCCAAGCUCAACUUAAUCCUAUCCUUCAUCUGUAAGGAGCACUUCAAUCAGAGCGAUUCCGACCCGCCCGCUCUCCCCGUCUUCAUUGGGGGCGAAAACCCCCAGUGCAAGAUCCCGGAAGUUCAGAGCAAAGUGGCAACCUUCACCCUCAUCAUGAACUUCUUGACCGGGCUGUUGAGUGCUAUCGUCGUGCCCAUCUUUGGCUCGCUUUCGGAUAGGUAUGGCCGCACCCGGCUGAUGGCUCUGGCCUCGUGCGGCGGCGUCCUCGCCGAGAUCAUCACCCUCCUUGCCGCCAAGUACCCGGAUGUCAUCAACUACCGCUGGCUCAUCUUGGGCAGCGUGUUUGACGGCAUGACCGGAUCCUUCACCGCCGGCAGCCUCCUGACGCAGUCGUAUACCAGCGACUGCACCCCGCCGUCUAAGCGUGCAGUGUCCAUUGGCUAUCUCCACGCCUGCCUCUUCACCGGACUGGCGUUUGGACCUCUUUUGGCUGGGUACUUUGUCAAGUGGACGGGGAGCUUGCUCUCCGUCUUCUAUGUUAUUGUCGCCUGCCAUAUCCUCUUCAUUUUCUUCGUGGGCCUGGUCAUUCCGGAAUCCCUGUCAAAGAGAAGACGAUCGGUUGCGCAGGAGAUUUGGGCCAAAGGAUGGCAAGACAGAGCCCAGUCAUUUGUACCGUGGGUGUCGAGGGUCAAGGGCGCGAACCCUCUCGCACCUCUCAAAGUGCUCUGGCCCACUGGCCCCGGAACUUCAGCUCGCCUCCGGCUCAACCUGGUGUCGCUCGCAGUAUCAGACAUGAUUAUUCUUGGGUCAUCGGUAGCCGUAGGGCCCGUCAUAAUCCUCUACAGCGAGUACAGGUUCGGAUGGGGCACGCUGGAGGCGUCCAUAUUCGUCUCCGCCGUCUCGCUGACUCGCACAGUCAUUCUUCUGAUCAUCUUCCCUGCAGUGAAUUAUUUUGGGCGCGUUCGACCUGCGCAGCGCCGGCGAGCGCUCGGCAUAGUCUCCCACGAGACCAACUCCGGCGCCGACAGCCUCGACGUAUGGGUGAUUCGUGUCGCAACAGCGGGGGAGGUCCUUGCCUGCAUUGGGUAUUCCUUGGCCCAGAAUGGCCACGCAUUCCUCAUCAGCGGCAUGUUGGCAGCCAUGGGCGGGCUCGGCAGCGCCAGCAUCCAAGCAGCCAUCACCAAGCAUGUGCCCUCGGACAAGGUCGGGCAGGUCCUCGGCGCGAUAGGUAUGCUCCAUGCGCUCUCCCGAGUCAUUGGACCCCUUGCGUUCCAGGGCCUCUACGCCGCAACGGUCAAGACUCUGCCGCAGGCGUUCCUCAUGGUUCUUGGGGGCUUGUUCUGUGUAGCUUUCACGGGCGCCCUACUUCUUAAACCUCAUGUUCAUUGGACCACUCAAGGUGAAGAAGAAGAGGAGACGGAACAAUUAACCCCGAGCGAGGAGAUUUUGGGUGCGAACUCGCGACACACCCUCCCCAUCGAUGAGGACCAAGUGACUAUGCGGUAG